AUGGCACCGUCAGAAUUCUCAUUGAGGCUCCAGCAUGGUAUUCAAGGCGGAUUCGCUCCCCCGACCCCGAAUGCCGUUCACACUGUCACGAGAGCCAAUAGCAACCAGACAUCGCUACAAAUCACCUCUGCGGUGCGCCCUGACGGCACCCCCCAUCUUGAGGAUGCUCUCCCAAAGAAUCUCGCACACGAUGACUCCGUUGAUGCGCUGGUUGGAGAGCUUCAUGGGAUCCUCAAAUCUAUCCCCACUGAACAGCCUCCUGGCAGCGAAGAUAUCUACGGGCUGGAUACUAGCAUUGCUUGGGGCAGUGAGGAUCUGAUGUGGUGCAAUGGUGGGCCUCAAGGCUGUGGAGGAGGCUCAAGUGAGGUUCAGCCUAGUGAUGAGGAGAAGGCCAAAUUUGCGCGUGCAGUAGAAAUUGUCAAGGAGCUCGUGGCCAAGGCUGGCUGA